AUGCCGACUCACGAAGCACCCUCGACAAGCAAGCAGCCAGUAGCCAAAAAGCAGCGGUUCAUUAUCCGCCAUGAGAAACCCAAAAUAACGACCAAGCAUGUCAUGUCCCUGCAACACCCCCUCGGUAUCAAACCCCUGGGCAACUACUACAUGGACGCCACCCGUUCCGAUUUCGCCGGAUCCUGUCGUGGCCCCUCCCUCGGACGCCUUUCCCAAUUGACGGAUGAGAUCAUCAUGGAGAUCCUCAACUUGCUCUCACCCAGCGACCUCGUCACUCUGGGUGCUACGUCUCGGGUUCUAUAUGGGUUGACACAUCUGGACGACAUGUGGAAGAACUUGACGAUUGAGCGGUUCAAGGGCGAUUGGGUCUGGCAGGACGAUACUUGGAGGGCAACUUUCUUGAAGCGGUCUGAUCCUGGAUACGAUACUUCGAUGAUUUUAAAGAACAGGGAUCAGAUGAAGUUGAAGGGGUUCUAUUCGGAUACCCUCUUCCAAUCCUUUUACUGUGCCGCUAUCGGAAUGGAGCCCUACACGGCCGUCGAGAACAUUGAUCGUCAUUCAGGAUUGAGUCUGGAGGAUUUCAUUCAGAAAUACGAGCGACCCGGGAAGCCAGUGAUUAUCACCGAUGGAGCCAAGCAUUGGCCGGCUAUGACCAAAUGGUCUACAGAGUACUUUCUCAAGACCUGGCCCGACGCAGUGUUGAGAGCAGAGUCAGUCGAUGUGAAGGUCGAGAACUAUUUCAAGUAUGCCCAGGGAACCAAGGACGAGAGUCCGUUGUAUCUGUUUGACAAGAAGUUUGGAGAGCGCUGUCAGGGGAUUCUGGAGGACAUGGAGGUGCCUGUUUACUUUCGGGAGGAUUUUUUUGGGAUGAUGAAGGAGAAGAGGCCUGAUUACCGCUGGAUUAUUAUUGGACCUGCGCGUUCUGGAUCUACCUUCCAUAAGGAUCCUAAUGCGACGUCGGCAUGGAAUGCUGUUAUUACAGGAUCGAAAAAGUGGAUUAUGUUCCCUCCGCACAUCCUCCCUCCUGGCGUCUUCACAAACGAAGACGAGUCAGAGGUGACCUCUCCAGUGUCGCUAAUGGAAUGGUUUAGCAACUUUUACGCCUCAACCCAGUUCCCCGACGACCCUGCAGAUCGCCCACUGGAGGGGAUCUGUCGCGAGGGCGAGAUCAUGUUUGUACCUCGAGGAUGGUGGCAUGCGGUCGUGAACUUGGAAGACUGUAUUGCUAUCACGCAGAACUAUGUCGGAUCCCAGAACCUCAAGGAGACGAUGGAGUUCUUGUACACGAAGCGGGAUCAGGUCUCGGGUGUUGCGGAUGAUCGGCAGGAGGGGUUGUACGAGGAGUUCAAGGAGGCGUUUUUCCGUAGCAAUUGGACCCCUCCGGAGGAGGGCGAUGUCGAUACCCCACCUCAGGAGGGUGCCGACAGCGGGGACUCGAUGAAUGCGGAAGAAAUUGGCAGGAAGCGAGCGUUGAUGGAGAUGUGGGAGAAGAAUGAGCAGGAGAUUGAGAGGUUGUCCAAGGCUGUGCAGCAGCGGUGCAAGGGAAGUGUUGAUGGACCUGAGCAGGUUUCUUUCUGGGAGAUGGCUAAGCGAGGAACAAGAGCAGAGGCGGCUUCUGACAAGGAGGGUGAGAGUGGUGUUGAAGCGAACGGUGGAUCUGGAGGUGGGUUCAGUUUCUCGUUUGGGUUUACUUCGGACGAUGAGGGGGAUGAGGAAGAACCAGUCGAGGAAGAGUCAUUGGAGCAAGAGAACGUUUCGUCUACAGCAUGA